AUGUCCGCACAACGCUCCGGCCGUCAGUCCCCUCCUCCUGAAACCCAGUCCGGCGCCCAGCAGCAGGAUCCCCCCUCGGCGGGCAAGACCCAGCCCGAGCUUCGUGGCGACCCGCAGCACUCGCAGCGUGAGUCGAAUGAGACCAAGGAGUCGAAGCUGGAGAGUAACCCCAAGCAUCCGCUUGAGGAUAUUGAGGCGGCCAAGUACUCGAAGGUACAUUGA